UUCUCUCUCAGGGCCAGGCGAGGCCAAGCCAGGCCAGGCAAAGGCAAACGGCAAAAGCACAACUUGUCGAUGCCGGGGCCGGUUUGCACGCCUCUCCACGAUCCGCAUGUCUACGAAUUCGUCGUGUCUGUGGUUAGUUUCCGCCACAAACCCGGCUGGUGCACAACAUAACCUAAACAAAACGUAAAAUGUCGUCGUCUACGGUAGGCCAAAAUAUACCGUCUUCGGCGGACGCGUGCCAAAAUAUCGUCCACACAUUGAUGUGUCAUCGACAAGGUGGUGAAAGCGAGGGAUUUUCGCGACGUGCAAUCGAAUCCCUAGUGAAAAAAUUAAAAGAAAAACGGGACGAGUUGGAUUCACUUAUUGUUGCCAUAACGACGGGAGGUUCCCAACCGAGUAAGUGCGUCACGAUACAGCGGACUUUGGACGGGCGCCUACAGGUGGCGGCGCGAAAGGGGUUUCCCCAUGUGAUUUACGCGCGAAUUUGGAGAUGGCCGGAUUUACAUAAAAAUGAACUGAAACAUCUUAAGUUGUGUACGUACGCGUUCGAUCUCAAGUGCGAUCUCGUUUGUGUUAAUCCUUAUCAUUAUGAGCGGGUUGUCUCGCCCGGUCUGGAUUUAUCAUCGCUCACUCUACAGUCGGUGCCUGUUAGGAACAACGGGAUUAUGGACGUUGAGACUGAUAUAAACAUGGGCCAAACAAUUCAACAUCACCACCCACAACAUCACAUGGUGAACCCACAAUCUCCACCUCACCUUGCAAUGUACGGCAUACACAUGCCAAUUCCCAAAGAAGAACCUCAGCUGCCUCCUGAACAACCUCCUGAUCUAAAUUGGCCUCAACCACCUCAUCAACAUAACGUUAGUGGUCGUCGUGUAUCGCCCCCUCAUCAGCCUGUCAGUCUUUCACCACAAAUGCAACAACCAAUAAGUAUAACGCCUCCAGAGCCGCCGGCUAUGCAUUAUUAUAAUGGCCAAACAGACAACAGGGGAUCUCAAAAUUUAUUAGAAAUGGUGCAAGCACCUACCAAUGUGAUACCUCAAAAGCAAAUGCAGACUCCUCCUCAAUUACCUCCGCCUGCAAUUGCUGACAAUAAUAGUGGUCCAAUCAAAAACAAUGUGUAUCCUGUUAAUAAUUGGGAACAGCAGCAGCAAUUGAGUAUUCAAACAGAUAAUAGUAAUUUAGGUCUUUUAUCUAAUCAAGCUUUACCAGAAUACUGGUGCUCGAUUGCAUAUUUUGAACUCGAUGCUCAAGUCGGUGAGACUUUUAAAGUAUUAUCGAAAAUUCCUUCUGUAUCUGUUGACGGAUAUGUAGAUCCCAGUAGGGGAAAUAGAUUUUGUUUGGGUGCUCUUAGUAACGUCCAUAGAACAGAACAAAGCGAGAGAUCAAGACUACAUAUAGGAAGAGGAGUUGAGCUAACCCUCAAAGGAGAGGGAGAUGUUUGGCUAAGAUGCUUAAGUGACCAUUCAGUAUUCGUGCAAAGUUAUUAUUUGGAUAGGGAGAAUGGCAGACAACCAGGCGAAGCGGUUCAUAAAAUAUUUCCGGGAGCAAAUAUUAAGGUUUUCGACCUACGUCAAUGCCACCAGCAGAUGACGGCGCAAGCGGCCAAUGCUCAGGCGGCAGCCGCUGCGCAGGCGGCAGCAGUGGCGGGUCAUAUACCGGGACCCCAUUCGGUUGGCGGUAUCGCACCGGCUAUGAGCUUAUCGGCAGCGGCGGGUAUUGGGGUUGAUGACCUUAGACGUCUCUGCAUUCUAAGGUUGAGCUUUGUCAAAGGUUGGGGCCGGGACUAUCCAAGAAAAAAAAUAAAAGAAACCCCUUGUUGGAUAGAGGUUCAUUUACACAGAGCAUUGCAAUUAUUGGAUGAAGUACUUCAUAAAAUGCCGGUCGAGGGCGGGUGCAGCGCAAAGUAAAAAUAACUGAUUUUUAUAGAAUGAGUUAAGGAUGCCAAUAGAAUUUUGGUAUAAAUUUGUAAAGAGAAAUUAAAACCUUUAUUCGUUUUUUGGAAUAUUUUAUAGAGGGGGAUCGUUUGGGAAAUGUUUAUUUUUCCCGAAGAUUUUCUUGUAUAAUCUUUGACAAAUAUAUUGUUACGGCCAUUGACCGUUAAUUAUUUAUAAGAAUUAAUCUAAAAACAUAUUUUGACAUUGUUAUUAUGGCCCUGUUAAAUGAAUAAACAAUUAAAUAUU